CUCAAAACUGAGUAGUUUUCCUAUGUGGAAAAAUAUCUAAUUAACAUUUUCCCGUUGGUAUAAAAGCCGCGCAGUCCCCAAAGAUCAUCACAUCUUUUCUUCAUGGGAAGAAAGAAUAUCAGAAAGCAUUUCUCCAAUCUUCACAUUUUAGUUGUGCGCGAAUAUCAAGAAUGGAAACAGAAUCUUUCACCUCAAGUCAGACCAGACAUGGUUUGGACCGACAUAACUUCUUGGCUCCACCCGCGAAGCUCAUGAAAUUUGGGAAACCAGAAGACACAACCAUGUUGUCUAUUGACGACAACAGUAGUUGUGGCGACGUGAGCGAGUUUUCGGACGACAGCGCUGUCUGGGGUCUGAGAGAUAUGGACUCUGCCGAGGAAGAAAGCUGCGACUCCGUAAUUACCGGUAACAAUACGGCGUUCCGAACCCAGCCUGCCGGACACGAGGACUUCCUGCACGACAUCUUCAAGGUCAUCAUGAAAGACAUUGUCCAGAAGGCCGGAGAUCGCGAGGGCAAGGUCAAUGAAUGGAUGGCUCCUGAAGAGUUGUCUGCCAAGAUGGAUCUGGAGCCUCAGCCAACGAGCGAGAGCCAUGACCAGCUGUUGGACAGGGUCAAGGACGUCAUCAAAUACAGCGUCCGAACUGGCCAUCCUCACUUCGUCAACCAACUGUUCUCCAGCCUUGACCCCUACGGUCUUGCAGGUCAGCUCGUGACUGACGCUCUCAACUGCAGUCUCUACACCUACGAAGUCGCUCCCGUCUUUACCGUCAUGGAACUGGCAGUGUUGGCGAAGAUGCGACAACUGAUUGGCUACGAGGGCGGGGACGGCAUCUUCGCUCCUGGUGGAUCCAUUGCCAACAUCAUGGCGGUGAGCUGCGCCCGACAGAUGGCGUUCCCGGAGACAAAGAAGCGGGGUCUUUUCGGGUUGCCGCAGUUGGUAUUGUACACGUCGGAGCUCGCCCAUUACUCCAUCAGGAAAGCGGGAUGUCUUCUUGGAUUCGGGGAUGAUAACGUCAGACUAGUCAAGACUGACUCUCAAGGUCGGAUGAUUCCCGAGGACCUCGAGGCCCAGAUUGAGGACACGAAAGAGCAGGGUGCACGUCCCUUCUUGGUUGUGGCCACAGCAGGAACAACAGUGUUUGGCGCCUUCGACCCCAUCAACGACAUCGCCGACGUGUGCGUGGCUAAUGGUUUAUGGCUUCACGUUGACGGUGCGUGGGGAGCCGGCGUCCUCAUGUCCCGACGUCACCGUGGGCUGAUGGAAGGAGUGGAUCGGGCGGACUCGGUUACGUGGAACCCCCAUAAACUUCUAGGCGCACCACAACAGUGUUCAACCUUCCUCACGAAACACGAAGGCGUGCUGCAGGCGGCUCACAGCGCCAAUGCGUCCUACCUCUUCCAACCAGACAAGUUCUACGACGUCAGUUACGACACCGGCGACAAGACGUUUCAGUGUGGCCGCAAGGUAGACGUCUUCAAGUUCUGGCUCAUGUGGAAAGCCAAGGGUACACGGGGUUUGGAACAACACGUCAACACACUGUUCGACAACACCAAGUAUUUUGUAGAAAGACUAAAAGUGCGUGAAGGCUUCCAAUUGGUUGUCUCAGAACCACAACUGACCAAUGUCUGCUUCUGGUACAUCCCACCAUCACUGAGGAAAGUCCCCGAUGGCCCAGAAUUCCGUGCUCGACUCCACAAGGUGGCGCCACAAAUCAAGGAGCGUAUGAUCCGUGCAGGGUCCAUGAUGAUCACCUACCAACCACAGAAGGACCAUGUCAACUUCUUCCGUUUGGUGCUGCAGAGUUCGGGGACAACGUUUGAAGACAUGGACUUCUUUUUGGAUGAGAUUGAAAAACUUGGUCAGGAUAUAAUUGUGUGAGCUGUGAAACAUGUGAUAUGACGUUUUAGAGACACGCUUUUCUGGUGCUCUGUGAUGAUUUGUGCCCUGACACGUGACUUGAUAUGAUCACGUGAGGGCGACUUGACACGUGACUUGAACUGACGUGAAGGCGACUGUGACUAGAAACGAACAAGUAUUAUUUUGCAGGCUAAAUAUUUUGCAGGUAACUUAAUGACAAGGCCUGAAAAACGGUUUAUUGAAGAGAAGAAUAUUUUGCUAUUAAUUUAUAUCGGUCUUAAUUUUCAUGCCUGUGGGAGGAUAACGUGCUUAAACAAUAUAAUAAAUUAGAAAUAUUGAAUUUUGCCAUGCAUGACAAUCAAAUAUACCAAAUAGGUGACAGUAGCGUUUGUUUUGUAACAAAUUACGAAAUCAUGUCACUCGAUUUUCUGAUCAAUCGGUCAAUUGAUUGUCUGGUUUGUUUACAGGCCGUCGUCGUAUGGCAGGGGUACUGCUGUACGCCGUCAGGCAAUAAAUAACUACUUACUUUUUUAUGCAAAUUGUGUGAAUGGCAGGUGCUCCCGGUAGGGCAGGACCCUAUUCCCGAACACUGAUUAUAUUUUUUGUAGCAAAUUUUUAAGUGACACACUUACCUCUCACUUAAUGCGUGAAUUCGUCUGCGAUACGUCCAUGACAACAAAGUAAAAUGGCAUUCAGUCCUUCUCCUACUGUAUCAGAAUCUGAGAGGUUUCAAAUGGAGUCUCACCGGUUGGAUGUGCAAUGAAUUGUAUGCUGGUUUGUCUAGCCUUGUUAUAUCAAACUGUACAUACUGUUAUUGUUUAUACAUUUUCAUUCCAAAUAAAUUAUUUUACAAUGGA